CUCAUUCUCUCAUAGCUCUGUUGUACGCGGGCUGCUUCGGCACGCCAUCUCUUCACACACACACACGCGCGCGCACUGCAGCCAGUGCGCACACACUGACACACACAAACUCUCUUCGUCAGCUUUCCUCUGCACGCGAAGGCUGUCCCACUCAGUGCGCACUCGACAUUACCGUUAUUCUAUUGCGCAAGACACGGGACUGUCCGGGCUCUGAAAAGAAAUCCACACAACAACCCGGUGAACGUUAAACCUCGGCUGACAUCGGUAAAGAAAUAACGGGACCGGGCCCACUGCACUGCAUUUCAGCACGUGGACAGAAACAUACAGACAGACCGGGUUCUGGCAUCGGGACUCACGCGCUGCAUGCAAGCCCUGUACGCCGCCUCCACGCACAGAAUGCAGCAUCCCCUGACCGGAGGAACGUGCGUGGCGAUGCCCAACGUAGACAUGUGUCCUCAACUGUCCCGCGCUGCUCUCACCUUUAUGUACCUCCAGCAGGGUAACCAGGAAGCUCCUCCCCCUCCAGACUCCAUGACUCAGCCGUACCCCUCCGCCCAGUUUGCCCCCCCUCAGAACGGCCUGCCCGCUGAGUACAGCGCCUCCCACCCCCACCCUGCUCCCCCCGACUACACAGGACAGCCCCCCGUCAGUGAACACCCCCUCAACAUGUACCCCACUUCACAGAACCACAGUGAACAGAGUGGACAGGACACCAGCAUACAGACCGUCUCAGCCACAGCCACACAGACGGAGGAGGAGGCUCAGACAGACAGUCAGCAGCAGAGCCAGUCGUCUGACAGUUCUAACAGUAAGACGCAACCCAAGCGGCUCCAUGUCUCCAACAUACCCUUCAGGUUCAGGGACCCAGACCUCAGGCAAAUGUUUGGCCAAUUUGGUAAAAUAUUAGAUGUUGAAAUAAUUUUUAACGAGCGGGGCUCUAAGGGUUUUGGGUUCGUAACUUUCGAGCAUAGUGCGGACGCUGACAGGGCGCGAGAAAAAUUACACGGCACGGUCGUAGAAGGCCGUAAAAUAGAGGUCAACAAUGCAACAGCACGGGUAAUGACCAAUAAGAAGACAGUCAACCCUUAUGCAAACGGGUGGAAGUUGAACCCAGUAGUCGGUGCAGUCUACAGUCCAGAGUUCUAUGCAGUACCGGGCUUCCCCUACCCAGCCAGUGCGGCGGUGGCGGCGGCGGCUUACAGAGGUGCCCAUCUAAGAGGUCGAGGGCGUACGGUCUAUAACACAUUCAGAGCAGCCGCACCCCCACCUAACAUCCCCACGUACGGAGGUGUUGUUUACCAGGAUGGAUUUUAUGGUGCAGAUAUUUAUGGUGGCUACGCUGCCUAUAGAUAUGCACAACCUGCUGCCGCCACAGCUGCUGCGUACAGUGACAGUUAUGGACCAGUAUAUGCUGCGGACCCCUACAACCACCCACUUGCUCCAGCAGCCACAUACAGCAUUGGUGCCAUGAAUUCGUUUGCCCCGUUGGCUGAUGCCAAGAUGAGGAGUCAUGCUGACGAUGUGGGGCUGGUGCUGUCCUCCCUGCAGGCUAGUAUAUACAGGGGAGGUUACAGCCGCUUCGCCCCAUACUAACCUACCAAUCUCCCCACAACCAUACAACAAUCAAUUACUACCCUACCAACCAACCUCCCUACAACCAUACAACAACCAAUCCUUUCUGGCAGGGACACAACCAACCGACCAACCAACCAACCAGUAUGUGAGUGAGACAGAGAGACAGAGAGACAGAGAGACAGAGAGAGAGAGACAUAGAG